AUGUGGUUCCAUGACCCACACAUCAUCAUCCAGAACAUGCUCACCAACCCAGAUUUCAAAGACGAGAUGGACUAUGUACCAUACUGGGAAUUUAUUGGAGAGGGUGAUGAUGCAAAGUGCCAAUGGCACAACAUGAUGUCAGGUAAUUGGGCAUGGGACCAAGUGGUACCAGCUGGUGCAUGUAGAAGUGGGCUGGCCAGAGGUGCCAAAUGGUGGUACAAUAUGUACCAGCCAGUGCAUGUAGAAGUGGGCUGGCUGGACAUGCCAAAUGAUGGUACAAUAUGUACCAGCCAGUGCAUAAGUGGGCUGGCUGGACAUGCCAAAUGGUGGUACAAUAUGCACCAGCCAGUGCAUGUAGAGAAGAAGAUUGAGAGAGCAAAUGACCAGUAUUGUUCAAAUUUGGCCAUGAAAAUCAACACCAAACUUGGAGGCGUCAAUUCGCUGCCAAGGUCAGGUGUGCUUGAGAAGCUAGAAAGCUCUCCAUUCAUGGUCAUGAGAAGUGGGCCAGCCAGACAUGCCAAAUGGUGGUACAAUAUGCACCAGCCGAUGCAUGUAGAGAAGAUUGAGAGAGCAAAUGACCAGUAUUGUUUGAAUUUGGCCAUGAAUACCAGUCUGAAGUUUGAUGAGAUUUCACUCAUCUGGACUAGCAUUUGCUACAUCUGGCCAGCCCACUUCUACAUGUACCGGCUGGUGCAUAUUGUACCACCAUUUGGCAUGUCUGGCCGGCCCACUUCUACAUACACCAGCUGGUACAUAUUGUACCACCAUUUUGCAUGUCCAGCUGGCCCACUUCUACAUGCACCAGCUGGUGCAUAUUAUACCACCAUUUGGCACAUCCGGCCAGCCCACUUCUACAUACACUGGCUAGUACAUAUUGUACCAGCAUUUGGCACAUCUGGCUGGCCCACCUCUACAUACACUGGCUGGUGCAUAUUGUACCACCAUUUGGCAUGUCUGGCCGGCCCACUUCCAAUGAUCAUGAAUGGAGAGCUUUCUAGCUUCUCAGGCACACCUGACCUUGGCAGUGAAUUGAUGCCUCCAAGUUUGGUGUUGAUUCUGCCAAACAAGUCAAUGGUGCACACUGAGACAGAGAUUGAGAUCUGA